AAAAAUAAAAAAUAAAAAAAAAGAAACCUACAUUUAAAGAAAAUAAUGGCUUCUUCAACCAAAUUUUCACUGCUUCUCUUCUUCUUUGCAUGCUCUCUCUUCAUUCAAGGAACACUAGCGGAAGUGAUAUGUGAAAAUUUGCCAAUGAAUUUGUGUGCCUUUGCGAUUGCAUCAUCUGGAAAGAGGUGUGUGUUGGAAAAAACCAAGAAUGCACGAGGAGAAAUUGGUUUUACGUGUAAGACAUCAGAGGUUGUAGUGGAGAGAUUGUCAGGAUACCUCGAGACAGAUCAAUGUGUGAAUGGGUGCGGUCUCCACCGUGAAUUCAUUGGACUAUCCUCCGAUGUCUUUAUCUCAUCGGAGUUCACCGCCCAUCUCUGUUCCCCUGCUUGCUUCCAGAAUUGCCCUAAUAUUGUCGACCUCUAUUUGAAUCUGGCUGCUGGAGAAGGAGUAUCAUUGCCAAUUCUCUGUCAGAAUCAAAAGGAGAAUCAUCGAGCCAUGUUGACGAUUUUGAGCAAUGAUGGUGCCCGUGGUCCUGUUGCUGCUCCUCUUGCCGCUCCUACUCCUACAUCUUUUUAAUUUAUGUAAUCAUCGUAUAUGCAUUUUCAACUCCGCAUUCUUCAACAUUUAUAGAGAUACUAUUAACAGAUACAAAUGUUAGUCGGAAUUGAUGAUAGUGAUGUAUUACGUUUAUUAUGUAAUAUUUGCAAUAAAUAAAAGAAUAUUAUUUUAUA